AUGACCAACUUAAACUACUGGCACAGUGGCGACGCGUCCAGACCUUCCACACUUGUGGUGCAGGACCACCCAGUGCGCCUCAGGAACCACAUCGAAGGCCCACUGCCUUCAUUCAGACCCAGCAGCUGCGUGCAGCACGUGUGCCGCCUGGACAUCAACUCGCCACCCAUCACGGCCCGGAACACUGGCAUCAUCUGUGCCAUUGGCCCAGCCUCCCGAUCAGUGGGAAUGUUGAAGGAGAUGAUUAAAUCUGGAAUGAAUGUGGCUCAUCAAUUCUCUCACAGAACUCACGAGUACCAUGCAGAGACCAUCAAGAACGUGUGUGCUUCUGACCCCGUUCUCUACCGGCCAGGUGCUGUGGCCCCGGAUACCAAAGGACCUGGGAUCUGAACGGGGCUCAUCAAGGGCAGUGGCACUGCUGAGGUAGAGCUGAGGAAAGGAGCCACUCCGAAAAUCACUCUGGAUAACGCGGACAUGGAGAAGUGUGAUGGGAGUGUCCUAUGGCUGGACUAUAAGAGCAUUUGCAACGUGGUGGAUGUGGGCAGCAAGAUCUACGUGGAUGAGGGACUUAUUUCUCUGCAGGUAAAGGAGAAAGGUCCUGAUUUCCUGGUGAUGGAGGUGGAAAAUGGUGGCUCCUUGGGCAGCAAGAAGGGUGUGAACCUUCCAGGGGCUGCUGUGGACCUGCCUGCUGUGUCAGAAAAGGAUACUCAAGAUCUCAAGUUUGAGGUAGAGCAGAACAUGGAUAUGGUGUUUGCAUCUUUCAUUCACAAGGCAUGUGAUGUCCACGAAGUCAAGAAGAUCCUGGGCGAGAAAGGAAAAAACAUCAAGAUAAUCAGCAUAAUAGAGACUCACGAAGGAGUUCGAAGGUUUGACGAGAUUCUGGAGGCCAGUGAUAGGAUCACGGUGGCUCGUGAUAAUCUGAGCAUUGAGAUUCCCGCAGAGAAGGUCUUCCUAGCUCAGAAGAUGAUGAAUGGGUGGUGCAGCCAAGCUGGGAAACCUGUCAUCUGUGCCACCCAGAUGCUGGAGAGCAUGAUCAAGAAACCUCGCCCUACCUGGGCUGAGGGCAGUGACGUGGCCAAUGCUGUUCUGGACGGAGCCGACUGCAUCAUGCUGUCUGGAGAAACAGCCAAAGGGGACUACCCUCUGGAGGCUGUCCGCAUGCAGCGCCUGAUUGCCUGCGAGGCAGAGGCCACCAUCUACCACUUGCAAUUGUUUGAGGAUCUCUGCCACCUGGCGCCCAUUACCAGCGACCCCAUUGAAGCCACCGCCGUGGGUGCCGUGGAGGCCUCCUUCAAGUGCUGCAGUGGGGCCAUGAUCGUCCUCACCAAGUCUGGCAGGUUUGCUCACCAGGUGGCCAGAUAGUGCCCCUGUGCCCCCAUCACUGCUCUGACUCGAAACCCCCAGACGGCUGGCCAGGCUCACCUGUACCGCGGCAUCUUCCCUGUGCUCUCUAAGGGCCCUGUCCAGGAUGCCUGGGCUGAGGACGUGGACCUCCGUGUGAACCUGGCUGUGAAUGUUGGCAAGCACUGGAGCGUCUUCAAGAAGGGAGAUGUGGUCAUUGUGCUGGACGGAUGGCGCCCGGGCUGUGGCUGCACCAACACCAUGCAUGUAGUGCCUGUGCCCUGCUGGGCCUCAGAGCCCCUCCUGCAGCCCCUGUCCCACCCCCUCCCUCAACCCUCCAUUAGGCCAGCGAUGCUUGUAGUGCUGACUCAGGGCUGUAGUGGGGCACCGGUGGGCUGGGACACCAGAGGAGAUUAA